AUGAUAAUGCCAAAAUACAUCCAAGACAUCAGAAUAAGUGCAGUACAACCAGUUUAUUUUUUGGAUCAACUCUACAUUUUUUACUGUGUAAUUCUGCAUCAUCCUGCUGAUCUUCCAACCUUAUCAACUAGAUACACUCUUUUAUCUAUUAAUCAGAAUUACAAAAUUUGGGUUAAACCGGACAUAAUAACUACUUCUUCAAACUUAAUGAAUUACAAUCCUUUUAAAAGAGACUGUUAUCUAGCUACUGAACGGAAGUUGAAAUUCUUCAAAGUUUAUACGGAGCAAAAUUGCAUACUAGAAUGCAUAUCUAAUGUUACGGCGAGGACAUGUGGCUGUGUUCCAUAUUUUAUACCCCAUGAGAAAUCGACGAAAAUUUGUGGGUUGGGGGAUGCACCCUGUAUAACUAAAAGUCAAGAAGAGUAUCUAAACAUAGAAAUGAACAUUCGGGUUGCACUUGCCCAAGACCCAUCUACCAUCCCGAAGCUCCCCGAACUUUGUGACUGUUUACCAUCUUGCACCUCCAUCGUCUACAACGCAGAAAUCAGCACCGGCCAACCCCCAUCUCUACCCUACAACGAUACCUUCCACACCACCGUACACCUAACAUUCAAAGACUCCAGUUUCAUAACGAUGGAAAGAAACGAACUCUUCAGCAACGCUGACUUCUGGGCCAGCUGUGGAGGCCUCAUCGGUCUAUUCACCGGAUUCUCCGUAGUGUCUCUCGCCGAAAUCAUCUACUUCUUCACCCUAAAGUGUUUAUGUAACUUACAAACCACCACGAGACGACGAAGAGCCACCAAAACCGCCACAGCCGGUUUCGGGUUAGUUUACGUCAGAUUUGGGAAACCGGGACACUAUCUCGUGAAGGAUCUGGUCGAGGACCUCUUGUUUUACGUCUGA